UCUCUGACAGUAUCCCAUCCCCACUCCGUAACCGCACUCGAUAAGCCUCCCUCCGCGCUUACUCCGACGCCCACGGCCCUCCCGCUCCAUCCCUCCGCCUCCCUUCCUAGGGUUUCCCGAGCUCCCCACUCGUGGUCCCCAAUGCGGCGCCAUCGCCCCCUCCCCGGCCCGAUCCUGACCACGUAGGGCCUCCGGGAGCCCCGCGCUGGGGGGUGGAUCUCCGGUCCUGGCUUCCUCGCUUCUGUUCUCCGUUUGAUGAGCCGCGGUUCGGACUUCACCGCGGAUUUUGGGGUUUCCGGAGACUUCUUCCUCCUCCUCUUGCUCUUCUUGCUGUUUGUCCUCUUGGUUUUCUUCCUGUUCCUCGUCUCCCUUGUGCUCUUUGGGUUCCUCGUCCUUCUCGCUCUCUCUCGCCUACUCCUUGAAUGAGUCCUCGCGUUUGGAGCUUCUGAAGCUGGAAAAGAUUUGGAUAUUGCAGCCGUUUGGUAAAAAGGAGGAGGGGUCUGCUCGGGUUUGAGCUUCGGAAGCAAAGUUAGUUUGGGAUUUUUCCGGUUCUUUGAGAGGAUUUAAUGGACCUCCUCAAGGUAAGAAGGUUUCGAGGCAUUGGUAAGUUGAAAGGGAGGAAAGAUGCGAAUCAGGAGCGGGAUGAGUUGUCGUCGGGGCCGGAAGAGCAGAAAGAUGAGAGCUUGGAUGCAAUGUCGAAGCCAGCUGCUGUUGAUACUGCUGUGGAGGGCGGUGAGGAUGAGGAUGAUGACGAUUUCAUCACGAAUGAGGUGAAGAGGCGGCUGAAGGAGCUGAGGAAGAACAGUUUUAUGGUGCUUAUACCAGAAGAAGGGUUACCGGAAGAGGACGAGGAGGAGGAGAGUAGCUCGAGCGGGUGGAGGGAGUCAGAAGUGGGUGUUGGGCAUACGUGGUGCAGAUUUGACACAUUGUAUGACAAGUACUGCGAGCGGAUGCUGUUCUUUGAUAAGCUGAUCAAUCAACAUCUCAAAGAAGCUGGAUCUUGGGGUACUUCAAGGCAUUCACCAAGAUCUUUAUCAAAGAAGUUAUCUCUGGGCCUCCGCAGCCUCCCUUUCAAGAGACAAGAUGAACUUCAGGAGGACUGCGAAAAUCUGCAGCAACUGCAGGAAGAUAACCCAUGCCUGAAUCUUGAAGUUGCUUAUGUUGCACAAGUUUGUUUAAGUUGGGAGGCACUUCAUUGCCAAUACAUGCAACUGAGCCAGAAGCUUUCAUCGCAGCCUGAGAGUAGCACCUCCUAUAGCUAUGCUGCUCAAGCAUUCCAGCAAUUCCAGGUUCUGUUGCAGAGAUUUAUCGAGAACGAACCAUUUGAGCAAGGACCCAGGAUGGAGAUUUAUGCCCAUGCCCGGAUUUUACUACCUAAGUUGCUUCAGGUCCCAAAUUUUUUAGGUCUGGAUCUGAAAGAAAAUGUGGAGGUUGAUUCAGACAAACCAAUUCUUGCCAUUGACCUUAUUAAGAUAAUAGAGGAUUCAAUCUUAACAUUCCGCCUUUUCCUGAAGAUGGACAAGAAAAAGUCAGGUGGCUUCUUUCGAGCUCAUAGCCCUCGAAGCUCCCUUCAGCAAGUGCAAGCUUCGCUUGAAAAGAAGGAGAUCAAAGUGAAGGAACUGUUCAAAAAGACGAAAGGAUGGAAGAAGAAAACCUGGCCAGCAACCAUAGGGGAAGUGGAAUUGCUCUUCACACUCAUCGACAUCAAAGUCAUAUCAAGAGUUCUGAGGAUGGAACGGCUCACCAAGGAGCAGCUGUUAUGGUGCGAAGAAAAGAUGAGCAAGCUCGACCUCUCGGACAACAAGCUCCACAGAGUUGGUACUCCCCUCCUCUUCCCUUGUUGAUGGUGCACUACUUUUCUCCCCUCUGCCUCUAGUAUAACUAUCAGACACUUUAUCUGCCUUUCCAUGUAUGAAAUAUAUGGGUAAAAGCAUAAGUUCUUCCUGCA